AUGACCGAUUAUCAAGAAUCGGCUAUUAGUGAUCCUCGGAAUAGUUUACAGAAUUUUUCUAAUCGUCAAGAAUCUUCAUUUCAAUAUGGUGACCCACCUAAAUAUGAAAUUAAUAAUAUAUCAAAAUCUAACAAGGAAACUACUGAUAAAAAUCAACAAUUAACACCUUUUGAAGAUGAUUCUUAUGAUGUAGAUGAAGCAGAUAGAAAAUUUCUUGAAUCUAAACCAACAUGUUUUCUUAUUGUUGGUAAACCAGGUGUUGGUAAAACAACUUUAGCAAAAAAAUUAGCUGAUGAUUGGCAUGCUGAAAUUAUUAAUAUUCCUGAUCUUAUAAUAACAAAUAUAAAACAAAAAACUGAAAUUGGUAUGCAUGCACGUGAAUUACUUGUACAUGGUGAAGCUGUUCCAGAUCAAAUGAUUGCACGAAUGUUAUAUAUAAAAAUGCAUUCACCUGAAGUAGCACAUCAUGGUUAUAUUUUGGAUGGAUUUCCAUUAAUGGAUGAAAAUUUAAUGAAAUUACGUGAUCAAAUGGAAACUAUGAAAAAUUGGCCAUUACCUCCAGAUUAUGUUAUUAAUAUUCGUAUACCUGAUAAUGAUUUAAUUAAUAGACGACAAGAAGAAAAAAUCGAUCCUAUGACUGGUACAUUAUAUAUUAAACAACAAUAUGCACCUACACCCAUCGAAAAAGUAACUGGUAAACAACAGACAGAUGAUGAUGAAGUUAGUGAUAUUGAUGAAGAUGCUGAUAAUGAUGAAGAAGAAACAGAAGAAGAAGAACAAAUAACUGAUGAAUUUUUUUCACCUGUACCAACAGAAAUUGUUGAACGAUUAGUAACACGACCUGAAGAUUUAAUGCCUGAUGUUUCUGAUAGUAUUCAACUUUAUAAAGAUCAAUUAUUAAGAAUGCUUGAAGAAUAUAUGGCUAGUUUACCACAAGCAUAUUUAGUUGAACUUGAUGGAAAUAUAUCACCAACAAUUCUAUUUGAACAAUUACUUGAACGUCUUAAUGCAUAUGCAUUAAGACGUGCAACAAUUGUUCAACGUUUUUUUCCACCUGAAGAAGAAGAAGAAGAAAUUCCACAAGAAACAAAUGAAAUGGAUAAUGAAGAAGAAGAAGGUGAAAAAGCUAUUCGUAAUGAUCCACCACGUGCUGAAGAAUCUGCACCAGCUGAUGAAAUGGAAACUGAAGAAUUAAUGCUUUCAUUAACAAGUUCAAAUGUUCUAUCAAAUAAAUAUAAAUGGCAAAGAAGUCGAUGGUUACGUCUUGAUCCAGUUGCUCUUAAACAAGGAAAUCGUAUACCUGGUCGACAAGAUUUAGCUGUUCAUUUUAUGGAUAAAAUAUUUGUUCUUUCAAGUAAAGAAUCAUUAAAAGAAUUUCAAAAAAAUCCUCGUCGAUAUAUAAUUCAACCACGAGCACCAUGUAAACUUUUUCUCUAUGGUCCUCGAUCUUCUGGUAUUGAACAAUUAGCACAAGAUAUUGCUAAAAAAUAUAAUGCAACAGUUAUUGAUAUGAUAUCAUAUGCUCAACCAAAAAUGGAUGAACUUCGUCAACAAUAUAUUGACAAUAUUAAAAAUGAAGUUCAACGAUCAACUAUUGAAAAAUUACAAUUACAACUUGAAACAGAAGCUGCAGAAAAAUUAACAGAAGAAGCAACAACAUCAAAAACUGAUGCUAAAAUAGAUGAAGAACUAGAACCAACAACCCGAGAAGAUAAUGAAACAACCACUGAUCCAAAUGAUUUCGAACAAACAGAAAAAGUUCCAAAUCCUGAUGAAGAAGAACAACAACGGCCAACAUCAGCCCAACCUCAGUCACCACCACCCGCUGAACGUACAUCACCACCACCUGCUGCUGAACGUUCAUCGCCACAAACAACUGAACGCUCGUCACCACAGCCAACUAUGACUUCACCACGGCCUACUGAAGUACCUCAAGAAGAUCUUCGUGGUUUAGGUCCUGAAGAUGAAAAAAUACAAGUUGAACCAAUUGGAGAAAUAACAGCUGAUCAUCCUGAAGUAAAAAAAGCUGUUGAACAAGCAAUUGAAGAAGCACGUAAUGCAACUGUUAAUAUACCAUCUGAUGUUUAUGCUGAAUUAAUGCAUAAAGCUAUACAAAAUAUUGAACAAGAACAACGAGAAAAAAAUCCUAAUGGACAAUUAUUUGGUAAUUGGAUAUUUGUUAAUUUUCCAUAUGAUAAUGAAAUUUGGACAUUAUUAAAUGAAAAAAAUAUUCAUCCAGAUGAUGUUCUUGUUUUACAAGAUAGUCAUGCACAAUUAGAAGCAUUACAAAAACGUUGGUAUAAAACAAAUCGAUUAGAAAUUGAUAAAGAUAUUCGUGAACGUGAAGAACAUGAAGCAAAUGAAAGACGAAUUCAAGAUGAAGAACAAAAACGACGAAUGGAAGAAAUGAAAAUAAUUGCUGAACAAGAACGUAAUGAACGUUUAGCUGAACGACAAAGAAAAAUUGAAGCUGGUGAAUCAAUUGAUGAUGAAGAUGAAACAGAUGAAAAAGGAAUGGAACAAGCUAUACUUGAAGAUAGAAAUUAUGAACCAAAAAAAGAAGAUUUUAUUGAUAAAAUUCCUGAAACAAUACCAGAAGAGGAUGAAUCAAUGAGUAAAGAACCUGACAAAGAUAAAUCAAGUAUUGCUUCAGGUCUUGAUUUAAGUCGUGCUCCACCAUCUAUAUCACCAAUACUAUUUGAACAAGAAAUAUUACCACCUGUUGGUAUUGAACAAGAAACAUUUAUUCAACAAGCUCGUAGUGAUAUAACACGUAUAAAUGAUUUAAUGAAAACUAUAACAAGUAUUUAUAAUCUUGAACCAAUUUAUAUUGAAUUAAUGAAAGAAGAUGGUGAAAAAUUAAAAACAAAUGAAGAAUUAUUUCAAGAAGCUUAUGAUGCACUUGAAAAACAAUUUAAAUAUAUUGUACUUGAACAUGAAAGUAAUGAAGAAGAUAUUGAUGAAGAAGAAGAAACAGGAAAUGAAGAUGAAGAAAUUGAUGAUAAUGAAGAAGAAGAAGAAGAAAUUGUAGAUUUAUUUAAAAGUGAUAGAAAAAAACAUCUUGGUGAUACAAAUAUCUAUGAUCCAGUAACAUUAUUCGAUAAAAAUAUUCUUGUACCUGGAAAACCAGAUUUUACACUUUCAUAUAAAUCUAAAACAUAUCGUUUUACUAAUGAAGAUAAUCGAAAUUUAUUCUUACAAACACCACUUAAAUAUUUACCUAUUAAUAAAUCACCAACAUUACCUGCUAUGCGUAUAGUUCUUAUUGGAGCUGAAGGUGCUGGUAAAAGUUUACAUGGACGUGAAUUAGCUAUGAAAUAUAAUACAUUUCAUAUAAAAUUUCGUGAUCGUUUACAAGAAUUAAUUAUUGGUAAAACAAAAAUAAAAAUUGGACCAGAAUAUAAUGAAAUACGUGAUGAACCUGAUCCAGAAGAAGAAGAACAAAAAGCAGAAAAACCAAUUGAUGAAACUGAAGAAUUAACAGCUGAAGAAGAAAAUAUUAAAGCAUAUUUACAAGAUGGUGAACCUUUAGCACCUGAAAUUCUUGAUAAAAUAAUUAAACCAUGGUGGAUAGAAGAACCAUUUCGUUCACGUGGUAUUGUUCUUGAAGGUUUUCCAUCAACAGAAGAUGAAACUGUUUAUAUGAUUGAUAAUCAAUUAUUACCUGAUAUUAUUAUACAACUUGAUGUUGAAAGUAAAGAUAUAUUAAAAAGAAUUUUACCAAAACGUAUGGAACAAUGGAAAACAAAAAUACAAUUAAGAAAAGAAAAACGAAUGAAAAAUAAAGCAAAAAAAGAUCGAGAUAAAAAAAAAGCUAUGGAUGAACGACGAGCUGAAUUAAUUCUUGAACGAGAAAAACGUAUUGAAGCGGGUGAAACAGUCGAAGAUGAUGAAAUUGAAAAUACUCUAGCUAGUGAAUUUCAAAUUGAAGAAGAAGAAGGUGAUAUAACACAAGAAGAUGAAGAUGCUGAUACAGCAAAAGGUCGUAUUGGUGAAAUGAUUGAACAACAAGUUAAUGAUGCAAAAGAAAAAGUCGAAGGUGUUAAAAAAGUUUUUCAACAAGAAUAUGUUCCAUUUGUAAUUGUUAAUGCAUCAGAUAAACCACGUUAUGUUAGAAAUCGUAUUAGUAAAAAAAUUGAACGAUUUACAACAUUACGUCAAAAUUUAUUUGAACGUGUUUAUCCAAUAAAAGCUCAAUUAGCACA